UUCCUCUAUUUACACUCCCUUCAACAAAUAACACAUAAACACAAAUUAAUUUUGUUCAUAUGAGACUACACAUAAACUAGAUUAGUAUUUACGAGACUUAUUCAUCAUUUUUCUUUUUGUUUUAACUAAAGGUGAUAGCUGGCAAGGCAACCUACAACAAAAGGUGUGAUUAAAGAAGAUGAACAGGCAAGAUAAUGAAGACAGACAAACAGAGGAUUUGAGGAAGCGGUUAGCUGUUGCAGUUCGAAGCAUACAAUGGAGUUAUGCUGUCUUCUGGUCAUUGUCAACUAUACAACAAGGGGUACUGGAAUGGAGUGAAGGCUACUAUAAUGGACACAUUAAGCUAAGAAGAACAGUUGGGACUAAAGAUGAAGACACUCACAAUCUAUGUUUACAGAGAAGUAAGCAGUUGAGAAAGCUUUACAAGGCCCUUUUAGAAGGUGGAUAUGAGCAUAGUACUACCAAACAUUCCAUUUCAUUGUCUUUGGAAGAUCUCUCUCAUCUUGAGUGGUAUUACUUGGUUUCCAUGUCCUUCACUUUUAAACUUGGUCAAAGUUUGCCAGGAAGAGCAUUGGCAAGCGGACAACAUAUUUGGCUAUGUGAUGCUCAAUAUGCUGAUAUGAAAGUUUUUUGUCGCUCUUUGCUAGCAAAGAGUGCAUCAAUUCAGACUGUAAUUUGUUUUCCACACAUGGGAGGUGUGAUUGAGCUUGGUGUAACAAACUCGGUAAUGGAGGAUAUAAGUCUCAUUGAACACAUCAAAGCCACCAUACUAAAACUCAUGGAUGAUAAAGAGAUGUUAUAUGUAACACCUUUCUCAAACCAUCAUCCUUCAACAGAUCAAAUGAAGUUUCAUGAGGAUAUUGAAAGCAAUUUACAUCAAAGCUUCCUCCAAGGUUUAAACAUUGGUUCCUCGACGAGCCAUCUUAUAGUGGAAUCUGCUAUUGGUUGCAAAUCUAGUUUUGUGCCUUGGAAAGAAAAACCAAUUGAAGAACACGUAAUUUGUAAUGCAUCACAGAAAUUUUUGAAGAUGGUUUUAUUUAGACUACCGUUGAAUGCUUGUAACAGUUCCUCAAUAAGUAUAAAGGAAGGUAGAAAGAAAGAUUCUCCUUUGAGACCACAGCCUUAUGAUGUAUACAUGCAUGAUUUUAGUUCUCAGCACACUAUAACUAAUGAACUGCUAUUGAACGUGGAUGAAAAAAUAGAGAAGCAGUUGUAUAUGGUUCAAGACUCAAUAAGUCCUACAAUCACUGAGAUAGAUGAAGCAUUUAUCCUAACUGAAAGAAAAAGUGAAGGAAGAGAUUUGGAUCUAUUCGAACACACAUCGGAAAAGUUUAUUGGGGGUAAAGCUUCAGAGAUCAGUGAAACGACAUGGAAUUCCAAUAAGGCUAUUCAGGUGGACAAUCUGCAACCAUUAGACAUAUCAAUUGAUGUAAUCAAGGUAGAGCAUGAGGUUUUAAUCACAAUAAGUUGCCCUUGGAGGGAUUACUUAUUAAUAGAUAUCUUGGAGGAGAUGAAUAAUCUUAAUUUGGAUACUCACAUGGUUCAGUCAUCAAUGCUUGAUGGCACUUUCUCCUUGUCCCUUAAAUCAAAGUUUCAAGGACAAACAUUUGCAUCGGAAUGGAUGAUCAAACAAGCCCUUCGAACAACAAUUGGCCUGCAAUGA